AUAAGGCCCUUCGACAAUACUGUCAUUACAUCGUUAUCAAGAGGAUCGGUAAUGCGCCUAAUUAAAAUACUCAAGACAGGACUAGUAUAGGGGUAUCCUACCGGCGGAUGUGGUCUAAGGAUUUCAAAGAACUUAUUUCAACUUAAAGCGUUAAACUCCCGAAGAAGUAGGCCUGUCCAGACCACAGGGAGUGUAUAAAAGAUAAUAUUUUGUCACAUGGAACAUGUUAAUUAAUAAUCUUUAAAGGCCGUUGUACAUUAAUUCGCACGCUCCGCCUGGUGGAUUGAAUUAUUUUUGCGCAACAAACUUCGUCAUUCUAAAUUGAACUUGAUUGUUGAACGACUAUAAAGACGUGCAUUCAAGCAGAAUGCAUUUGGAAAGCUAAGUACUUGACAAUGCUCUGCACUAGGCUAAACCUGCGAUGAUUUUGGCCACUGAUCUUUGAAAAUAGAGCUCAGGGCUUUUUAUCCUUUAAUCUAUGUACUAAUCUUUAUAGGACAUGCAUUCGUGUGCAAUGAAAGAAGGGGCGGAGUUCUUUAAAUACAAGUAGAUUGUCCUCCAAUGUGUUUACUGUGAGAAACGAUCUUUAACUGAUGAUUAAGGAUGGAACCGGUGUUCUUAACAACCUAGCAAUGGUAGUAUUACUUUGAUGGAUGCUGAUUUGUAACCAAUCUGGUCAAUGGUUAUUGGAAAUUGAAUCUAAAUCCUGCAAUUGCUGAUUAAAGGGAUUUCUGAUAUCAUCUUAGCGUUUCUAGUUUAAUGAAUGAAAUACAAUAUGAGAGACAAUUCUGACUUGAACAAUGUUACGUUGACUUCUACUCAGUGGUGGGUCUCAUCAAGCACAUUCAACAACUGGAUGAUGGUUAUUGAAAUGAAUUUUCAAGCAGUGGAAGGAAGAGGAAGUUCCAAGCGAUUUGUGCUUUCGAGGCAGGUGGAAGCCUUUGUACAUACUCAUUAUUGUGCAGGAAUAAGUAGAAUGGUCCAUGAACUUCGACAAAAAUAAAACCGGUCAUAGUUGACAUCCUUGAGUCUUACAGAAGUCUUCCCGAAACACCUGUUUGUGAUUGCGAUGCCCUUCCGUCUAACGGUUUACUUGGAUAUUAACCUCGCUUAUCACCGAUCGAGGACAUUAAUUCAUUUGCUGUGUGAUCUUGAUGACUCUUCGACACUUAAGGAGGCUCACGAGAAUUAUCUCUGCUUCUUGAUCAAAAUUCUCUUAAUUCUCGACACAACCAACGGCGCCACUCUGCAGAGUAUCAUGAGCAUGCAGAGUCAAACUUACAGUGUUGUAUAAACGUACUUUCGUUACAUCAUUGAUUAUUGAUGCCGUGGUUUUAUGGCGACGAUGGUAAAAAAAUAUCUUCAGAUCGGCAGUUUCUUACGAAAUUUGACCCAACGGCACCGAAUGGGACGAUACUUUUGACAUGCAGUACAUAUCAAUCGGUUUUUCGUUUCUCACUUCUAACUACAAACGACUAUUUAAGUUGCGUUGGACGAUACUUGUCACUUGGAAUCUUUGACAUUUCUUCAAUUCUCACUUUGAAGUUAUUACAAACUACUAUUCAAUUCGAGGUACAUUAAUACUUGAUUCUUGUGGGUGUACCACAACAAGAAUAUAACUAUGAUGUUUUUACCAUCCUCGAGUAUUGGAUAAUGCUUUUAGAAAAUAUUGUUUUACGAUCUGGAUGAAUCGUGGAAUAUUUCGUCAUGCCGACUAGAAAGUUACGUGUGAGAGAAAUGCCCCAGAAUGCAGAUAUGACGGCCUGCUAUCUCUUGACCAAUCCCAGAGAUGCUUCCAUCAAUGUAUCUGGUCAUCCGGUUACCGGUACCAACAACAACAUGCCAAACAGAACCAACAUGAGGAAUGUCUCAUCGGCAGUACACGGUCACCAUACUAAUCCACCAAACGAACUAGAACGUUAUGUUCCAGUUCUUACCGUCAAACGACCAGUAACAACAGUCUCUGCACCUGCGCUUCCUAUGGACUACGGGUUAGGCCAAGGUGAAGUGAGGGCGCCACAGAGUGCUAAAUCUCAUGCCUUCGGGAGGCCGGUGCCUCCUGUUGAUUGCUUCCAGUCUAGAACACCGAUCGCACAGAGAGUCCGGAACUGCAGCAGGUCUUUGGCAGUUGGUACAACGCAACGUCCUAUCACAGACCUAAGGACUGGAUUCAUGAGGACAAUGUCCAAACCGACACCUGGUGAACUUGAUCUGAAACUUCAUCAAGAGAAACAGGCAAUAGACAAAAUUAAAGCCGAUCUUAGACGUGAACAGGCAUCCUUCGAUGAUCCCGAUAGACUAGAUAUGAAAGACAUUCUGAAGUUUAUGAACGAACAUCCUGUUGCAAGUAGUACGAGAAGACCAAGACCCAGGGCAGCCAAGCGCCGAGUUCCACAUGCAACUCUUGUGUCCAGUGAGGGAAUAGAGUCAAGAACACUAAGGGGAGAGGAGCUGACUGAGAAAGAAGCCAAGGCACAAAAGGCCAUCAGCGAAUACAAGCACAGACUGAAUGCCCUCAGCUCUCAAAUGCGUUCCACCAAAGAACGAUCUCAGAGUGCAGUAUCCCGUUACAGUCAUAACUCUGGGCAACACGACAUUGAUAGACAAUCUCUCAGACUUGCCCCAAAUAACAACGACCGGCAUGUCAGCAUACAACUUCUAAAUCUUCCAGAUUACGGAGGAAGGUCUUCUCCCCAAUGUAGUGUGGACUCCAUCAGUUCGAGAAGCGUCCCACUGCAGACCCGUCUUUCACCGAGAAGUUCUGCGAUUUCAUCGUCAAGGACAGCAUCUUCUUCUCCAGGUCGAAGGACACGCCAACCACAGUAUCCAGAACCUAUAUACAUUCCGAGCGGAGGGGAGGAUUUCAAUGGAACUAACGGAGAAGACCAACGGCAAUUUGUGAAGCUCUCCAUGCGUAGGUCGACGAACGUCACGCGCGAAACGUCUCUCAUGACAGAUAUGGACCCGAACAAUCCUCCAAUCCUGACCGUACAGGUGUCAUUCCCAAGACCGACUGCUCCUCCUUCAAAUACACCAAUCAGCGCAUCUGAUGAAGAUGACGAUAACGACCUCGAUGGAAGUAUUUUCGUGGAUGAUGACAGUCUUGAAACGAACUGGUCAUCAAGGAGCUGCUCUCGGUUAAGUAGUGUAUCAAGUUCGAGGAUGACCUGCAGGUCUUGUACGCCAAGUGCAACAUCGUAUCGUGAAAAGAAUAAGGCAACUGCAGCAGUUCCAAGUGUGAGUCUUUGACGCGAAAACCAAAACUGUACUACACCCACCCAACUUCUAAUGGGGUGUUGCAAGAAACUUGCAAUUCUAUUUUUGGUCCCUAAAACAAUCAUAUAUCUUGCAAUUAAUUGCAAAUUCGUGAUUGAUAGCUAAUCUGCUCUUUGAAACAAGGAGUGUAAUCUGAUCAAUCAAUUGUAAAAUUGCAACAGAAUAUAUGCAAUGAAUUGCAAUGUUUUCUUACAAAACCCCCUAUGAGAGGUUUUAAUCUAAUGAAACUAGCAUGACUAGUUAGCACAUUAAUCAAUCAGCAGCCAAUUCAUGCCAGAAGCUUGAUGUGUUAUGCAGUUCAAAGUAAAUAGUGUUUGUUGAGUAGACAUUGCGUUAGUUUGUUAAUUAAGAUAUUGCGCCAAAAACUGGCAAUAGAUUCUUCAGAGUCACUUUGAAUACACAAAACAGACUGCUCAGAGGUUGCGUGAAUUAAUCAGGGAAAUCUGCUAUCACGAUCAUGUCAACAAUAUGUCACCAAUCGCCACUGAGGUUUGGGGAAAGAGGAGGGGGGAGGCGGAGCGGGUCUCCAGCCCCCCCCC